AUGUACUUCACCAAGGUCGCCGUUCUCUUCUCCCUUGCCGCCACCGGCUUCUCCGCUCCCGUCGAGAGCCGCCAGGCCAAGCUCCUGUCCGUCCAGGACUACUCCCAGUUCCAGGUCUCUGACGGCGUUGGCGGAAACGCCCUCGCUGAGGUCGCCCAGAAGUUCCCCAUCGACCAGAUCAAGGCCAACCUCGCGGGCGUCAGCAAGGACGAUCUCGCCAUCCUCCAGGCUGCCCGUGUUGCCGCCGAGGGAGCCGAGACCGACGCCGGUGGCUUCAACGACGCUAUCGCCAAGGCCUCUGGCGCUGACAAGGAUGCCCUCUCGGUCGGCAAGAUCAAGAACAAGGUCCUCAAGCUCCAGCUCGAGGUCCUCGCCCUGCAGGUCCAGCAGGCCCAGGGUGCCAGCAACCAGGCCAAGAUCGACGCCGAGCAGAAGAAGCUCGACAACAACGUCAAGACCGACACCGCCUCCAAGGGCAAGACCAGCCAGGCCGUUAACUUCAAGGCCACUUCAACCCCCAAGGGCAAGAAGAACUAA